CCAGCUGGUCAUUGCAACACAAGCAGCCUCUAAGCUUCCUAAGGCUCAGCACAUGAUGCCAUCUGUCACUCUAAAAUACAGGACAAGUCUGCAAUCUGCUAUGAAACCAUUGCCUCUCAACUGCUUAUGCUGUUCUCUGCUCAGUCGCCACAAUGCCAACAGUUAAGAGUAAAAAGAAGAGGCAGAAAAAUGAGAACAACAAUGAAGAGCUCGAAGAAGUUCCUCAAGAGACAGAGUUUGACGAUGUCACCAAUGGACAGCAUUACGACACCACCGACCAAGUAAAUCUUGAGCCACAUGAUAAAGCAUCACACAAGAAGAAGAAAAAGAAGAGGAUGCUCAGCACUGAUGAUCAUGCUGUGAUCAUCCAUUCUAUGGAUCAGGAUGUUGAGACAACAGGUCCCCUGAAUGGAAACAUGACUGAACCAGUGCUGAAUGAGGAAGAAAUGACUGUUGCCGUAACAAGACGGACCAAACGAAAAAGGAAGGCUAAAUCUACCCAAUGUCACAAGAAUGAGUUGGAAAAAGAAUACCAAGACAUUGUCACAGACUCGCAGUCACCUGUUCCCCAGCAUUCCCUGUUCUCCAACCCUCAUGGAAACGGCCGGCCGAUUGGCAAAGUUUUCGUAGAGAGAAAUAGACGUUUCCAAACAGAGCGUGUGGAGCAUUUAACAAGUCAAGAAAUUAAUGAUGACUACAGUGAACCUCGGCAAACAUGGACAACCAGAGAUAUUGCAAUGAAGGUCCAUAGUAGCUUCCGGGCGGUGGGUCUGUUCUCUCAUGGCUUCCUGGCUGGUUUCGCAAUAUGGAACAUCAUUGUGGUGUAUGUGUUGGCUGGAGAGCAGAUGAAAACAAUGACCAACCUUUUGAAGCAAUACCAUCCACUAGCGUACCCUGCCCAGUCUCUGCUCUACCUGCUGCUGGCCACUAGUACCGUGUCUGCCUUUGACAGGAUGAACCUUGCCAAGGCCUCCAUGGCCUUAAGAGGCUUCAUUACACUAGAUCCUGCGGCUCUGGCUUCGUUCUUGUAUUUCAUUGCUCUGAUCCUGUCCCUGAGUCAGCAGAUGACCAGUGAUCGCAUGAACCUAUACCCUACCGCCAAUGAAACGCUGUGGCCCCAAGGUUCAGAGCAGCAGAUCUUGCAGCCGUGGAUUGUUGUGAACUUGGUGGUGGCACUGUUGGUCGGUCUGGCAUGGGCUGUUGUCUCCACCAAGCCAGACAUUGACUACACAGAAGGUGAUCAUUGUUUUCAAUUUCAUUGGUCCACGGCAAUUAUUGAAUGGCAAAUGGCUCUCAUGCUUUCCAUGCUUAUCCAGCUUUACACUAAGUCACCCAUUCACCCACUCACACACUGAUGGCAGUAGGGUUAAGUGUCUUGCCCAGGGACACAAUGACACAAACACGUCAGGAACAGGGAUCGAACUGGCCACCGCUCAGUCACAGGCCAACCACUCUACCAACUAUGUCGUCCCAUCUGAGCUAUGUCGUCCCAUGUCCCAUGAAUCAUGUUAGCAGAUGCAUCAGACAAGCAGGUCUCUUGAAAGAAGCGACCCAAAGUGGACAAGACCCACUGUGAAAUGACUGUCACAUAGAACUUGCAUCAAUACCACAUACAUCCAGGACGCUUUCCAGAUGCACUGCGUCUCUAAUUCCAGCAUUAUACAACUCACAUACAGCUAGUCGUCGGAUAUACUAUAAAUUACCAGAAAUACUACAGCAGAGACAUGUUGGUUGUGUCCAGGCGAUCACGGACUGGAUGCGGUAUAGCUUGUGUCGUCACAACAUCUGGUUUCACGCAUGUUGACUCAGUGGCUUUUGGCCAAAAACCGACAUUUUUUGGUGCAGCCUUCUUGAACUUGAGCAAUGAACUCAUUCAGGUUGGAGGGUCUCCUUGCCAUCACCCGUUACAGAUCCUCAUUCAUCAUUCAAGUCAGAAUUCUGACUUGGCCAAUACAAAUGCUUUUGUCCACCAGCCAUUUUUUCUCCAUUAUUGUGUCAUUGUCAUGCUGAAAUGUGUCUCUGCAAACUCUUUGAUGCUGUUGCUAAGAAUCUUGAUGUUUUUUUCUAUUAUUCAUGGUGCUGUGAUUAGGUUAAUUAGUCAAUUGACUGGAAACACCCUCAAACUGAAAGAUGUGGAUCGGGCAAAUGAUUCUCAUACCAGAGAGGUCAAGCCCCAGGUUAACAACGACCGCCAUCAGUGCUGUUAACCAGCAAGGUGCCGAUGGAAAUUGGACUACUGUAGGUCAAAGACAGAGAAGGAGAUGGGGGAGGAGGGCCAAUAGACAGAGGGAGAAGAGGAAAGGCAAGAGAAUAGGAUUGAGAGUAGGGACUAUGAAAGUGGGAACUAUGACAGGGAAAGCUAGAGAGUUGGCUGACAUGGUGCAGAGGAGGAAGGUGGAUAUUCCAUGUGUUCAGGAGACCAAGUGGAAAGGUAGCAUGGCUAGAAGUUUAGAAGCACGGUUUAAACUGUUUAUCAUGGUGUACAUGGCAAGAGAAAUGGAGUGGGAGUCAUCUUGAUGGAGGAGUUUGUCAGGAAUUUUCUAGAAGUGAAAAGGGUAGCAGACAGAGUUAGAAAUAGAAGGGCUCUCUUCAAUGUAGUUAGUGCUUAUACACCACAGAUGGGGUGUGACCUUAAGGAGAAGGAGACCUUCUGGAGUGAAUUAGAUGAACUGCAGGAGAGUAUUACCAGAGGUGAGAGAGUGGUCAUUGGGACAGACUUCAUUGGAUAUGACAAAGUUUGUUAUCUAGGGUAGGAACACUGAAGGUCAGAUGGUUGUCGGCUUUGCAAAAAGGAUGUAAAUGGCUGUGGUCAAUACUUUCUUCCAGUAGAGAGAGGAGCAUAGGGUGACUUACAAAAGUAGAGGUAGGAGCACAAAGGUGGAUUAUAUCUUGUGUAGAUGAUGUCACUUGAAGGAGAUUAGUGAUUGCGAAGUAGUAAUGAGUGAGAGUGUGGCCAGACAACAUAGGAUGGCCAUAAAGGACUUCCAGAUGACGGGCCAACUACGGCUGAGGUGAUCAGGGAGACCGAUACAAGAGUUCUUGGUGUGUCAUUUGGAAGGAAAGUGGAUAAGGAGACUUGGUGGUGGAACCAAGAAAUGCAGGAGUGUGUACAAAGGAACAGGUUAGCUAAGAAAAAGCGGUACGUUGAGAGAACAGAAGAAAGUAGACACGAGUACAGGGAGGCCCAGGAAAAGACAAAGACAGUGGUGUCAAUGGCGAAACAGAGGGCCUACGAGGACUUGUAUGUGAGGUUGGACAGUAAGGAGGGUAAGAGAGGAUUGCAAGGCAGAGAGAUAGAGAUGGGAAGGACAUGCAGCCGGUUAGGGUCAUCAAAGAUAGAGAGGGAAAUAUUUUGACUGAUAACAGAAGCGUGUUGCUGAGAUGGUAAGAGUACUUUGAAGAGCUCAUGAAUGAGGAAAAUGAGAGAGAACAGAACAGAGGGAGUGACCAUCGUAGAUCAGGACGUGGCAAAGAUUAGUAAGGCUAAAGUGAGAAGGGCAUUGAAGAGGAUAGAAGAAUAGAAUAGAAUAGAAUAGCCUUUAUUGUCCUUGUACAGUGUACAACGAAAUUUGAGCGCUACUCCCUUGGUGCAAACAAUGUACAAAAGAAUAUAUAAAAAAAAAACAAUCAAGCAUGCACUAAAAAUUAAAUAAAAAGUAUAUACACAAGUAGCAGCAGUAAAAGAGCGUAAUGAUAGAAAGUGGCACUUAUCCAGAUGUAAACUUCAGUGGUUUGUUAUUGCACAUAGUUGUUUUUUUUUUUUUUCUCUCUUUAUUGCACUAUGAACGAUGUGGUCAGUAACAAUGAAAGUUGUAGGCUGUUUAUCUGGUGUUGUUGUUUUUGUUCAAAACUGAGAUAGCUUUCGGGAAGAAGCUAUCUCUGAGUCUAUUUGUCCUGGUUUUGUGUGACCUGUACCGUCUGCCUGACGGUAGCAGGUCGAACAGAGAGUUACUGGGGUGGGACGAGUCCUUGAUGAUGUUGCCGGCUCUGCUAAGGUAGCGGGAGUUGGCGAUAUCCUCCAGGCUGGGCAGAGAGCAGCCAGUGAUCUUCUGGGCUGUGUUGAUGACUCUCUGUAGAGCUUUCCUGUCUGCAGCUGAGCACCCUGCGUACCACGCUGUGAUGCAGUACGUUAGGAUGCUCUCUAUGGCGGCUCUGUAGAAGGUGACCAGCAGCCUCUCCUCCAGGUUGUUUCUCCUGAGCACCCUCAGGAAGUGGAGGCGUUGCUGAGCCUUCUUCACCACCGCUGUGGUGUUUGCAGACCAGGAGAGAUCAUCCGAGACCUGCACGCCCAGGAACCUCAUGUGGUGGACCCUCUCCACACAGUCACCGUGGAUGUGGAGAGGGGCUGGGUCCGCUCUGCCCUUUCUGAAGUCCAGGAUGAGUUCUUUUGUUUUUGUGGUGUUCAGCUGAAGGUUGUUUACUGAACACCAUGUAGUCAGUCUGUUGACCUCAUCUCUGUAAUGAGACUCAUCGCCCCUUGAGAUGAGUCCAACCACGGUGGUGUCAUCCGCAAACUUAAUGAUGGUGUUUGAGAGAUGGGUCGGGCAGCAGUCGGAUGUGUAGAGCGUGAACAGGAGGGGACUCAGGACACAUCCUUGUGGGGAGCCAGUGCUAAGUGUGGUGGUGCUGGACAGGUGGGGGCCAAGUCUGACCGACUGUGGGCGGUCAGUCAGAAAGUCUUUGACCCACAGGCAGAUGGGGAAGGAGAGGCCCAGGUGGGACAGUUUCUGGACCAGGAUCUCCGGGAUGAUGUGAUUAAAUGCUGAGCUGAAGUCCAAGAAGAGCAUCCUCACGUAGCUUCCCUGGUGCUCCAGGUGACUCAGUGCGGUAUGGAGUGCUAUGGUGAUGGCGUCCUCGGUGGAUCGGUUUGGUCUGUAGGCAAACUGGUGGGGGUCCAAAGUGAGGGGCAGACAAGUCCUGAUGUGCUGACAGACCAGUCUCUCAAAGCACUUCAUGACUACAGGCGUAAGUGCAACAGGCCUGUAGUCGUUUGGGCUGUCCACUGCUGACUUUUUAGGGAUGGGGAUGAUGGUGGAGGUUUUGAGGCAGGGUGGGACAGUGGACAUUGAUAGGGACAGGUUGAAGAUUUCAGUGAAAACUCCACUCAACUGGUCAGCACAUGCUCUGAGUACCUUGCCUGGUACUCCGUCGGGGCCGGCCGCCUUCCUGGGGUUCACUGACCUUAGCACACGUCUCACUUCAUGCUCCUGAAGCGUCAGUGUGUCCGUGCCGGGGGUGGGUGGGAGUGGUGUGUCAGCUGAGGGCCUGGCCGUCUCAAAGCGGGCAAAAAAGUGGUUGAGCUCUUCUGCCAGCGAGAUGUCCGUCCGAGCUGUUUCAUGGUUGCUGCUUCUGAAGUUGGUUAUGUGAUUCAGUCCCUGCCACAUCCUUCUCGGGUUGUUGUCAGUGAAGUGAUCUUCAAUCCUCCUCUUGUAGGCUGCCUUGGCUUCCCUGAUGCCUCUCUUCAGGUCUGCCCUGGCUGCUCUAUAUGCUGCCCCAUCUCCUGACUUGAAGGCAGUGUUGCGGUGUUUCAGGAGGGAAUGCACUUCGCUGUUCAUCCAGGGUUUCUGGUUAGGAAACAACCUGACCCUCUUGUUGACGGUGACAGUGUCAACACAGUUCCUGAUGUAGGAGAGUACGGUGUCUGUGUACUCCUGGAGGUCAUGGCUGGAGAAUAUGUCCCAAAGAGUUGUGGAGAAGCAGUCUUGCAGCUGAGAGAGUGCUCCUUCAGGCCAGGUUCUUAUUGUCUUUGACUGAGGCUUUGUUUGCCUCAGCAGGGGGGUGUAAGUGGGGGUGAUGGACAUGCAAAGGUGAUCAGAUCCGGCCAGGUGGGGGAGGGGUGCUGCUUUGUAAGCAUGCCUGAUGUUGGAGUAGACAUGAUCCAAAAUAUUUUCCCCUCUUGUAGCAAAUUUCACAAACUGGGUGAACUUCGGGAGUACAGACUUUAGGCACGCCUGGUUGAAGUCACCGGCAACAAUAACAACCCCGUCGGGAUGGGCGAGCUGCUGUUUGUUUAUGGUAUUAAGCAGAAGGCUAAGAGCUGUGCUAACGUUAGCAUGCGGUGGGAUGUAAACAGCGAUCGCAAUAACGACUGUGAACUCCCUCGGGAGAUAGAAGGGUCUGCACGAGACUGCCAGAACCUCUAAAUCAGGAGAACAGUGUGUGUCAAUGAUCCUGCUGUUACAGCACCACUCGAUGUUCACGUAAACACAGAGCCCCCCUCCUCUGCUCUUACCGGAGUCUCUGUUCCUAUCGUGCCGGUGUAGCGUGCGUCCUGCGAGCUCGACUGCAGCGUCCGGGAUCAGUGGGUUUAGCCACGUCUCCGUGAUGAAUAUAAUACUGCAGUUCCGUACGAAACUCGUAGUUGCCAUCUGUAGCUCCAAUUCGUCCAUUUUGUGGGUGAUGGAUCUGGCGUUAGAGAGGAAGAGGCUCGGCAGUGCUGGUCGAUGUGGUUGUUUACGUAGCCUCGCAUCGGAGCCCGACCGGCAUCCCCUCUUUUGCUUCCUCUCUCUCCGCCGCCUUUUGCGCCUGCUGGGCGGGCUGACCAUCCACGGAGACCCCGGUGGUCUCGCUAUGUCCGUAGGUAUGUUUUGUGUCCUUUGGUAUUCGCCAGUAACACAGAGAUUGUGUCGGAAACCCAGGUCGAUUAGGCUCUGGCGACUGUAAGUGGUAAAGGCGUCGCAUAUGUCAAAAAGUACACUCAAGGAAAGUGCUAAAAACAAUAAAAAUAAGCACCAAGUUGGAGAGCUACGAGCCGCUGCACCCGUGCGCGCCGCCAUCGUAAUCAGUAUUGAUGAAGAGUGGAAAGGCAGUGGGUCCUGAUGAUAUAGCUGUGGAGGUGUGGAAGUGUUUAGGAGAGGUGGCAGUAGACUUUUCGACUGGAACAUUUAACAAGGUCUUUCAGAGUGAGAGGAUUCCUGAGGAAUGGAGGAGAAGUGUGCUGCUGACCAUUUUCAAGAACAAGGGAGGUGUGCAGUGUUGUGGCAAUUAUAGAGGGACAAAGUCGAUGAGCCAUACGACAAAGUUAUGGGAAAGAGUAGUGGAAAGUAGACUAAGGUCAGAAGUUAGCAUGUGUGAGCAACAGGAAGGAGCACCACAGAUGCACUGUAUGCUUUGAAGAUGUUCAUGGAGAAUUACAUAGAAGGUCAGAAGGAGCUCCAUUGUGUCUUUGUGGACCUGGAGAAAGUGUACGACAGAGUGCCAAGAGAGGAGUUGUGGUAUUGUAUGAGGAUAUCUGGAAUGGCAGAGAAGUACGUUAGAGUGGUGCAAGAAAUGCAUGACAGGUGUAAGACAGUGGUGAAGUGUGCUGCUGGUGUAACAGAGGGGUUCAAGGUGAAGGAAGGCCCUUGGAUGAAAAUGUUUGCAGAUGACAUUGUGAUAUGUAAUGAGAGCAGAGAGCAAGUGGAAGAUAAGCUAGAGAGGUGGGGGUAUGCCUUAGAAAGGAGAGGAAUGAAGGUUAGCCACAGUAAGACGGAAUACAUGUGUGUGAAUGAGAGGGACCCAAGUGGACAGGUGAAGUUACAGGAUGCAGAGAUAAAGUAGGCCCCUGGAUUACUUAGGCUCAACUGUCCAGGGCAAUGGAUAGUUUGAGAAAGAAACGAAGAAGCGGGUGCAGACAGGAUGGAAUAAUUGGAGAGAAUUGUCAUGUGUGGUGUGUGACAAAAGGGUGUUGGCAAGCAUGAAAGGGAAAGUGUACAAAAUGGUGGUCUGGAAACAGUGGCACUGAGGAAAAGACAGGAGUCAGAGCUGGAGGUAGCAGAGAUAAAGAUGCUUCUCUCUGGGAGUGAGCAGGAUGGACAGGCUCAGGAAGCAGGAUAUCAGAGGGACAGCACAUGUCAGGUGUUUAGGGGACAAAGUCAGAGAGGCUAGAUGGAGAUGGUUUGGACAUGUACAGAGGAGAGAGAGCCAGUACAUUGGUAGAAGCUCUUGAGGUUGGAACAACCAGGCAGAAGGUGGCGAGGAAGGCCACAGAGGAGAUUUAUGAACGUGGUGUAGGAGGACAUGAGGUUUGUAGGUUUCAGAGAAGAGAAAGCAGCGGACAGGGUGAGAUGGAGGAAUAUGAUCCGCUGUGGCAACCCAUGAAUAGAGAAGCCAAAAGCAAAAGAAGAAGGUUUAUUGACAGGAAACUCCCUCACCCAAGCAUUAAGUUUCUAUCAACAUUUGACAGUGGGGAUGGCUUUCUUUGGGUAGAUGGUUACUUCAGAAGUUGAAGGUAUUUUGUAAUCAAUUGUAUAAUUGAGUAUUGUACUGAAUAUUUUUUGGAUUGAGUAAUCAGAUAAAUAUUCUGUGCAUUAUAUCACUACACAACAAAACAAUAUGACAGUUCACUUAUCAAUGAAGGGCAAAGCAACACAAAUAGAAUCAAAAGCAAAUCUUGGUUGACUGUGAGCUCUCCAUGGAUCUCAGUUCUUGCACCCUUCAAGCAGCUAACUGAAGAAACUAGGACCUAUGUUGCAUUUACAGGAUGUUACUUCACUUUUUAAUAGCAGCGCUACAGGGCAUACUGAGGAGUUCAUCAUGCUCGGACAGAUGGUUUCAGUACCAGGUCACUGCUAUCCAGGUAUAAAUGAGGGAAUGAGGAAUGAAAUGCGAAAAUAAACAAGUUUGGUAGUAAUGAUGACUAAUUCAGAUUAUGCUAAGGUAACGACCAUUUGAAUGAUUCUUUGACUAUUCAAUUCAACUGAAGUGUAAUAGGGUCAGUCGGAACAAAUUAGUGUGUGACUUUAUCGUAACAGAAUUGUGCAUUUUAAUGAAGCACUUUUUCCCCCCCAGAUUUUCUAAUGACCAUGGAAGUGGAUGGCUACCCCAGAGCAGAAGAAAAUAUGGACACCCCUGCCUGACAACCAAUGUUUUUAGUAUGCUAGCUGUGGCAUUCAUUUAAUUUUUUUUUCCUCUAAGAGAUAUCUUUUCUUUCUAAAUAAAGUGCUUUUUUGGUUGGGAAUUGUUCUUAGCCCUCCCCCUGCUCUGGUCAUAAGGUAGCAAUGCAAGAAUAAGCUCGACUAACUUGAAAAAAAAGGAGUUUUAAUUCAACAUCCUUCUCUUCUUACUUUUGUGUUUCCCAUUGUUCUUUAAAACAGAAUAAAGUGUCGGAUAUGUGUGUUGCAUUGAACAAAUAAAUAAAAUAAAGCUUGAUAUGUAAAGAAGCUACAAAACAAGACAUAACUUAAUAUUUUGUUGCUGUGACAUGAAAACCUUUACACAAUCGCAUGAAAUGCAUGUCCUCUUAUUGUAACAGCACUGUCUUUGUAAAUCUGACUUAGAUGACCAUUAAAGUUCCAAACCUCUGUGUUUUCCCUGAUAAGCACUCUAUCCACAGAUCAGAAACCGAUUUAUCACCGAGUUAGACACGUCACCUCCAACACACCUCCAACAAUCAUCCAGGCAGUGGUUGAAUGCACCUACUUAUUGACGUUAUGUUGUCAACAUAUGUGGCAAUUCCAUGGGUGCCUUGAGAGGGCGCUUGAGCACCCACAUAGAAAGUUGAGCACCCAUGUGCAAGCACUUUCAAGUCACGCCAAUGGGGCUGGCCUUGCGCAAUGAUGCCACACAUCCUAAUUCUCACGCUCUUCUAACCUAGUGAAUGAAUAAACACUCUGCGCAGAAGCAGUGCAGUGUAAAGUGACAGUGGCCGAACCAAUGAAAUCAGUGCAUCAAGAUAUAUGGAUUGAAGGUGACGUUUGAUCUAUUGUUAAAAUAGCCCAACUUAAUAGUGCCAACUUAAGGCAAAAGCUUACUUCCUCAAUGUGGUGAUAAUACUGAGUUUAGGCCCGGCACUGUACCUGCUGAAAAAUCUGCCACCUGUCACCAACAUAUCUUGAGCUGGGUAAGUAUUGACAAACUAUAACAGUAGCUUCAGUUACAAU